GCCGCUCCUUUUUUCUUUUUCUUUUUCUUUUUCCUUUUUUGUUCUGCCUAUAAAUAUACUGUUCCAAACGCGAUCAUGAACUAGAAAAAAUCGUUACAAGAUCUGUGUUUUCUAGUUGAAACAGUUUCUGUAAUCUUUACAACACUCUCGCUCCUUCUCAAUCCCCGAGUCUGGUCUUCCCAUUCUCUCUCGAGUCUCAAAUCAGACGUCUAUGGAAGAAAACAACAACAGAGAGUCAUUAAUAAACCGUAACAAUAAAUUAUCUCGAAGUCAAUCGCAUGCGUACGAUGAAUUGAAAAGCUUCAGAUCAUACCUUCGAUGGAUGUGCGUAGACCAAUCAAGCAUGGGAACAGCAUGUCUAUCAUGGACCAUGUUCGUUUUAUUUGGCCUUGUUGUGCCUGCAACAUCACAUUUCGUGCUGGCUUGUUCCAGUUGUGAUAGCAGGCAUGGAAGGCCUUACGACAGUGUCGUGCAAUUGUCAUUGAGUAGCGUUGCCACACUCUCCUUUGUUUGCUUAUCAAGAUUUGUCAGAAAGUAUGGCCUGAGGAGGUUCUUGUUCUUUGAUAAGCUUUGGGAUGAGAGCGAGACGGUCAGAAGAGGCUACACCAAUCAGCUCAACAGUUCAUUGAAGCUUCUGUUGAUCUUUGUCAUUCCAUGCUUUGUAGCAGAAUGUGCAUACAAGAUAUGGUGGUAUGCAUCUGGCGCUUCACAAAUCCCAUUCUUGGGCAAUGUGGUUCUUAGCGACACUGUAGCUUGCAUAAUGGAACUGUGCUCUUGGCUUUAUCGCACAAUAGUAAUCUUCUUAGUGUGCGUUCUAUUCCAUCUGAUAUGUCACCUCCAGAUCCUACGGCUCCAGGACUUCGCUCGAGUCUUCCAAGUGGACUCUGAUGUGGGUUCUGUAUUGUCGGAGCACUUCAGGAUCAGAAGGCACUUGAGGAUCAUCAGCCAUCGUUACCGUGGAUUUGUUCUAUGCUCCUUGAUUUUGAUAACUGGGAGCCAGUUUUCUUCAUUGCUCAUAACAACUAAGGCUCAUGCUGUUGUUGACAUUUAUAGAGCUGGAGAGCUUGCGCUCUGCUCUAUAACUCUUGUCACAGGGCUCCUCAUAAUAUUGCGCAGUGCAACAAAAAUCACACACAAGGCACAAGCUGUUACUAGCCUAGCAGCCAAGUGGCAUAUUUGUGCAACGCUAGACACAUUUGAUGCAACCGAGGGUGAAACUCCAAGGCAUGAUAGUGGCCAAGUCUUUCCAGUUGUGGGCACUGACGGGGAAUCAGAUGGAGAUGAUGCUGGUGAUGAAGAAGAUGAAUUGGACAAUUCUAAGUUGAUUCCAGCCUAUGCUUAUAGUACCAUCUCAUUCCAGAAGAGACAAGCUUUAGUGACCUACUUUGAGAACAACAGAGCCGGGAUUACCGUGUAUGGCUUCAUCCUUGACAGGAGUACACUGCACUCGAUUUUUGGUGUUGAGUUAGCUCUGGUCCUAUGGUUGCUAGGAAAGACGAUUGGUAUUUCUUAAGGGAAAAAAACAAAACAAAACACUUUACUGCUUUGAGGGUUAUUAAUUUUGUUGUGCCCAAGUUCCAUGGAAGGAUCGUGCAGAGAAACAGGGAUGGAGGUAGUUCUUGAGAGGGAUUUGUUUAUGUUUCCUUUUUUUCCUUCCCGUGGCUUCUUUCACCUGCGCUCAAUCCGUUUCUUACUCUUUUUUUUUUUUUUUUUAUCUGGGUUGUUCAUUGCCCCGUGUGUUAUUGUGUAAUUCUCUUGUCAGGUAAAAAAAAUAUAUUAUUUUUUAGUAAAAAUAAAAAUCGGAAGUCUUUUCUGGAUUUUUCAAA